AUGCGCCGUGCAACGCGAUCUUCAACUCACGAGUUGACCGAGCUCGACGCCACGGUCCCCGAAAACACCGAUGUCACUGUCAGUCUAGCAUUCCCAGAGGGUGGGCGCGAGGCUUGGACUUGUCUAUUGGGCUCGGCUUUGCUGAUGUUCCCCUCGUUUGGCUUCCAAACAGCUGCUGACAACUUCGCAGUGGGGUCGGUCCAGGACUAUAUCAGCACUCAUCAGCUCGCUGCGUAUAGCGUCCGAGACGUUGGCUGGAUCACCGCCGUGCUGGUCUUUUUAACACUCUUCCUCGGUGUUCAAGUAGGACCUUUAUUCGACCGUUAUGGGCCUCGCAUGCUUUUAAUCUGCGGCUCUCUUGCUAGUGUGACGUCUUACCUGCUUCUAGCAGAAUGCACCGAGUACUGGCAUUUCAUGCUAUGCUUAAGUAUUCUGGGCGGCAUCUCUUCGGCAGUCAUCACGACCGUCAGCAUCGCUGUUCUCAGUCACUGGUUCUAUCGGCGUCGUGCUCUCGCCUCUGGGAUCUGUAUGAGUGGAUCUUCAGCAGGCGGUGCAAUCAUUCCUCUCUUGUUGCGAACUUUGUUCCAAAAUUAUGGCUGGACGUGGGGCAUUCGCAUCAUCGCUUUGAUAGCCUUGGGAUGUUAUUCGGCCGGAAUUUUAUUGGUCAAGGGACGACUUCCAGCAGGAACCGUGAGCAAAGCCAUGAUUGAUUUCCGGGCCUUUCGAGAACCACGACUUUGUUUUCUCGCUGUGGCAGUUUUUGCAUUUGAAUUCAUUAUCUUCGGCUGCGCCGCACUCUUACCCACCUACGUUCGCUACACAGGCCUCGAUCUCAACGCGCAGUUCUACUCGCUUACCGUGCUGAAUAGUAUGAGCUUGAUGGGUAGAGUAUUACCAGGUUUUGCGGCAGACCAAGUUGGCCGUUUCAAUAUCUUGCUCUUCCUGGCAUUGAUCACUCUGCUUGUUAUGUCGGCUGUGUGGAUUCCGUUUGGAUCCCGCGAUGAAGCUACGCUGUACGCGGUAGUGGCGAUUUUUGGAUUCGGAUCGGGUGGCUGGGUUUCUCUUGCGCCUGUGUGUGCAGGCCAGUUGUGUCGCACGGAGGAGUAUGGUCGUUUCUACGGCACGAUUUACAGUGUCGCAGCUUUUGGCGUGCUAUUGACGGUCCCAAUCGGUGGUGAGCUGUUGCAGUCGACAACACCGCAAACGCUCGUUGGAUUCUAUUCUGCUGUCUUGUUGAUUGGGCUCAUCAGCGUCGCACUGUCGCGAUGGGCACUAUUGGAUUGGAGAUGGCGAUGGAAGGUAAAGGUUUAG